AUGGCAGUAACUAAUCUCCGCGAGAAUCUUGGCCCUCUGACGACAACCUUUACUCCGCCAACCGACUGUACAGGUCUUCAGUUCGUUGCAGAUAGCGCAGUUGGUCAGAACAUCGCCGCCAGUCUCUUUUGCAACAACCCAUCAUCGUCGAACGCGCCCGAUUUUAAUGGCGUCUCUGUCAUCAAAUCAUGCUUUCCGUCUGGUUUCGCGUCUUUUUACAACAAAGAUUGGCUUACCGCUCCUUAUUUGGAAUACGUUGGCGUCUAUUCGCCCGCGUCGAUCUGUCCAUCGGGCUACACGGCCGCCUGUGUUCAGACACGUAGCAAAGGACAGUCGGAUCCAUUCGCGAAUAAAGCUAACAAUGUUGCUUCUGAGAUAAUAUGGAAUAUGCUGAAUGUUGGCGAAACCGUGUCAGGAUGCUGCCCAACCGGCUACGGCUGUGAUACUUUUAUUGCUUCACUGUGCACAUCACGUCCAGCGAGCCCCAUUACCGUGACGGACGGUCUAACUUGUACCGGCAUACUUCCACCGGUCUCGGAUCCCACAGUGGCCGACCUUGCCAUUGCUAUGAGAGUGAUGGUGGUACAUACAGCUACAUCGGAGCAUACAGCAACUCGUACCACGACAUCUUCAGCUCCUGCUUCAUCCGUUCCUUCUCCAUCCGCUCCCGCAUCCUCCGUUCCUAGUGAAAACCCCCCCUCCAAGCCAAGCCAGGGACUGCCCCUCGCGGCGAAGAUUGCCAUCGGAGUGGUCAUCCCUCUGAUAGUGAUCCUUUCAGGGGCAGCGUGCUUUUUCAUCUAUAGGUAUAGAAGAAGACGAAAGCUGUUGCAAGCAGGACAGGGGCUCGGGCGAGAUGCACGCGGCAACGGUGGCGAUGACCUGGAAACCCCGAAGCCGGAGCUGCCAGGCGAUGAAGGUUUGGUGGUUUCUGGACCAAAUGGCACUGCCUUUCGGAAGCCUGAAUUGGAUGCUACGACAUCCGGCCCAGGUGGUCUGGUGGAACUGCCUGCUGAAUUGGCUGGUGGUGGAAUAUCAGAGUUGCAUGGUGGCCCUGGUCCCGGUGAACUUGAUUCCAGGUCUAAAGGUUCGAAUGACAUUGAUGCGGUUAGGCAAGAUGUAAAUAUUCAGCAUGUAGAUGAGGGAGGCAAAGGAUUAUGGCAAUGGAGCAGCUAUUGGGACUAG